AUGAAGGGCGCCCUGGGGAGCCCCGUGGCCGCGGCCGCCUCCGCCGCGAUGCAGGAAAGUUUCGGCUGCGUCGUGGCCAACCGCUUCCAUCAGCUGCUGGACGACGAGUCGGACCCGUUCGACAUCCUGCGCGAGGCCGAGCGCCGGCGCCAGCAGCAGCUGCAGCGCAAGCGGCGCGACGAGGCGGCGGCUGAGGCGGUGACGGUGGCCGGGGCCGCAGCCGGCAGCCGUGGCGGCGUCCGGAGCCCGGCCGGGGCCUCGGGCCACAGACCCGGCGCGGGCGGCGUCCGGAGGGAGUCCCAGAAGGAGCGCAAGAGCCUCCCGGCCCCCGGGCUGCAACAGCCGGACAGUCCCGGGGGCGGCCCGCAGCCGCUCGGCCAGAAGCGAACUCUCAGAAGAGGGGAGCAGCAAGGCUGGAGCGACAGCCGGGGCCCAGAGGUGACAACGCCCGACAGAGCGGAGCGGAGACCCUACCGGGAAUAUCGUCCCUAUGAGACCGAGAGGCAGGUGGAUUUUACAGCGGAGAAGUUUGCAGAUGAAAAACCUGCUGAGAGAUUCGAGAGGCCGUUGCGAGGGCGUGGAGGCCCGAGAGGGGGCGUGCGGAGCAGAGGCAGAGGUGGUCCAGGGAACAGAGCCUUCGAUGCUUGGGACCCGAGGGGGAAACGAGAUUUUGAACGCUAUGGUGCAAAUGAGAAGAUUGACCCGGAGCAGACCGCCGCAGCAGAGGAGACCGCAGUCAUGGACGAGUCCCAGGCCAUCCUGGAAGAGGAGAGCCCAGCCAAAGUUCCUGAGUUGGAGCUACAAGAAGAAACUCAAAUUCAAGAGAUGACCUUGGACGAGUGGAAGAACCUUCAGGAACAGACCAGGCCAAAGCCCGAGUUUAACAUCCGGAAGCCAGAAUCCACUGUCCCCUGCAAAGCAGUGGUGAUUCACCAGUCCAAGUACAGAGAGGAUAUGGUAAAGGAAGACUAUGAGGAGGACUCCCCUGUUUUCCGGAAAGCUGCCAACGACAUCACAUCCCAGCUAGAGAUUAAUUUUGGUAACCUCCCUCGUCCAGGCCGCGGAGCCAGAGGUGGCAUCCGGGGUGGCCGGGGAAGGGUCCGGCGCCCAGAGAACUGUGCACCCAGAGCUGAGGUGGCGACCCACGACGUGGCUCCCAACCCCGACGACCCUGAAGACUUCCCUGCUCUGGCCUGAGGUGCCCAGCUGGCGGUGCGGACAGCGUGCACCAGCACUGGCGAGGCUGUGGGAAGAGAGCCGGACUCUGACAAUAGAUGUUGCUUUUCCCCGGCGAGCAGGGAUUUGGUGCGCUUUGUUAGCUCCGAGUGGUGUGGGAUGUGGCCUUUCCCAUCCGGGAGGGACAGCUGCUGUGGGAAGCAGGUGCAGGCAAAGGCUCGGGGCACCUGCCUGCACGCACACUCGCGGCUGUCCCCUAGCGUGGAGGAGACAGGCGUGACCGGCCCAGCUUUCAUAGCCUGACCCUCACAACACAGCUUUGCACCUCGGCCUCAGCAGGGACGCUCCUCUGGAGUGCAUUUAAGCAGUGAAUUCGACGUGCUGUUGUGCGGCCACUGGCGAAGCAGGCAAAGUACUGAAUUAAACUACCUCGUGGUGUGUGUGGGUGACACACACUCUGUGUGGGUGUGCACUCAGUGUGUGGCUGAGGAUGGAGUCCGUGAGUUUGAUGGGUAGCCCAGGACCCCCGCCUCCCUUCCCUCAGAGCCCCCUGCUGCGGG